AAAGCGGUUGUGGCCUGUGAGACUCCACGCCGCAGCACACGUAAGAGCGUACGUCCGCCAAUAGACUAUGAUGAUAUUAUAGAAAGAAAUGUAAUGUCCUCGGCUAGCAAAGUAAAAAGUAGUGCAUUGGCUGCUGCACAAAAUAUCACCACCGUAGCGGAACGUGAAGAGGAAGAUGAUGCGCAUAAGUGGUCUGCCGCUGAAGUUGGCCGACAUUCACAAAAGCGCAGCCGUAAGUCCAAGCGCAAGCAAAGCAAAAAAGCGAAGUCAAUGGUAACAACGCAACCUAUUGAGAGGGAAGUGGUAGAUCAGAUUGUUAAUGAGGAUGUAGAGUCCAGUGCAAAAACUAACAUAAAGUUGUGCUCACUGGAUGAAGACAAUGACGUGCAGGACAAUCACGAGGAGUCUACAGUUGCGUGCGCACAGGAAAUGAAUAUUACGCAAUCCAAUCAAUAUGCGCAGGUUGAUACAAAUAUCAAAACUGACUUAAGCUUGUGCCUAUUGGAAAACGAGGACGAUCAAGAUAUGCAAUCCAAUCAAGAUGCGCAGUCAAAGGCUGAUAUCAAUAUUGAAUCUGAUCUAGGCUUGUGCCCAUUGGAAAUCGAGGACGAUCAGGAUAUGCCUUCGCUACUACAACCCGAGCGCGAGAAAUCAACAGUCGCUUGCACACAGGAAAAGAAUAUUGAGAAAUCUAAUCUGGAUGCGCACUCGAAUAUCGCUGUUGCCUGUACACAAAAAAAUAAUGUUGAGCAAUCCAAUCAAGAUGCGCAGUCAAAGGCUCACACAAAUAUUGAAACUGAUUUACACUUGUGCCCAUUGGAAAACGAGGAAGAUCAGAAUAUACAAACUAAUCAAGAUGCUCAAUCAAAGUUGAAUACAACUAUUGAAUUAGAAUUGUGCCCAUUGGAAAUCGAGGACGAUGAUGAUAUGCCUUCACUACUGCAAGACGAGGACGAUCAGGAUAUGCCUUCACUCUUGCAAGUCGAUGAUAGUCCUACUGUUCUUAACCGAACCUUUGAUGCAGAUGAAAACUCAGUUAUAUACAUGGACACAUUAAUGUUAAAUGCUGAAGAUAUGGAAUGUCCAGCGCCCAAAGUGCCAGUUAUAUUGGAAAACAAAGCCAUUAAAGUGGUAUUAACUACCGCGGAUAACAACCGAACAACGCUGAUUAAUCUUAAUGACAACUCAAAGCCAUUCAAGUUUCCAACUCCGUUAAAAUCUAGUGCUAACUUUCAAUUCUCUGGUAACACCACAGCUGCCAACGAAAAGUUCAACAAUGAUCUACUGAAUUGCAGUGAACGUGGACGCAGGCGUUCCAAAUCGCUUUCAAACGAGAAAGUUUCUAAUACUGUAUCAUUUUACAGCCCAGUAGAGACUAUAGCCGUUAAUAAUAAGCACAGGAAGGGACUGGAUAUAUCUAAUAUAACACAAAGGCGCAAACGUUCCUUGUCAGCAGAUUGUAGCCGCGUUAUAGAGAGUCGCAUUCCAAAACCUAAAUUCUUCCAAAGGGUUGCAACACCCACCAAGCUUAAAACCGUUACCAAGCUGCCCAACUUUACAGCGAUUCAUCAGAAGCAUUUUGCUAAAAUGGAGAAUCUCGUUGAGCAUGUAGAACGCAAGAAAUUACGCGCCAAGGAGCUGCAAACUUCGUCGGCUGUAAAGUCAUCAGUCAAGAAACGGAUCGAAUCUAUCACAAAGUCAUCUGCAAAGAAAUUGCCCGCUCCUAACGUAAGAGCAGCAAGCCGACCACGCGCUCUGAAGAAAUUGGAUGUAUCUAGCGUGCCAAUAACACCCAGGAAAGCAUCUGAGCAACAAGGGAAUCUUCCAAAUCCUAGAGACAUGAUGGCAAAGGCAAUUUUGCCAAAACGGUUACCCUUAAGUAGCAACAUUUCCAGCUCGGCAUUUGUUUUUAAUUCAGCAGCUGUUAGCAGCAAGGAUGCGGAGCCUGUACAGAGUAAGGUUCAGGCACGCCAACAGCGUCAUAUGGAGAUGUUCAAGGGACGUACCGCAACAAAGGCAAAGAAUGUAGAGCUCAUACGUGGAGUGCGUUCAAAUCGGCGCUUUGAACUGCAAAUGCAGCAUCGCCGGCUUCAAGACGAGAAUAAAAGUUAAGCUGAAGAAUUAUCUUUCAAAAUAAUUUAAAUUUACUAACAUUAAGCUAUUAUGUAUAUGUAUAACUAAAAUAUUUUCUAAAAUAAACUCAAAUCUCUUAGACUUCGAGUUUUGACGGCAAGUGAAAAUGCAGCAUCGCCGGCUUCAAAAGUUAUGUUCUACAAUAUUUUUAAACCUUCAAUAUGUAUUUAAUUUUGUUAACAUUAAACCUUUAUGUAUUACUAAACUCU